UGCUGUAUCGACCGGCUGUGUGUCAGUUCCGCUCCUGUCUCCAAGCACACAAAACACCUGGUAGAACAUUCAUCGUUUUGUCUUCACUGGUGUGUCCCUGUGCACAAUCCCAUAUUAAUGACUCCAUGUCUGUUUGUUUGCAGCUACAAGCGUGUGCACGCGUGUUUGUAAAGGUGUGUGCCAGGUGACGGCUGGCUGCUAUAAAAAGCGAAGCAGUGAGAUAACACAGUGUGACAGGCGGGGGGGGUUAUAAAGCCCUCAACUACAGUGCACAUCCUCAGAAACAGGACAGGUGAAGCAGACAGGAUCAUUCAGUAGAUAUAGUGAAGAGGAAAGAGCAACAGGUGGAGUGGUAAAACAGAUUUAAGCCUAAACUUAAACUGUAGAAUCAGGACGUCCUCACUUUAGGGAUAAUUCAAUUGAAAGAUCUGCCUAAGUGGAGUUUUGAAGCCCAAAAGAUAUUUGUAAAACCCAAGGAGUUGUUUCUAUCGGGGGCGGUUUGAGCAUCAGUGUCAGAAUGUGUUCAGGCAGUUUUGCCAAGUGUCUGGGGAUCACUCUGAUGCCUCUGUCGAUUGUGUGUGUGCUGUGCAACAUCCUGCUCUUCUUCCCCAGCGGGACGUCUGUGGCGAGGGAACACAUCACAGAACAGGUCUGGUACUUUGGAGGCAUUCUGGGAUCUGGAGUGCUGAUGAUCUUCCCAGCCCUGGUCUUCCUGGGCCUGAAGAACAAUGACUGCUGCGGUUGCUGUGGCAACGAAAGCUGUGGGCGGAGAUUUGCGAUGCUGAGUUCCAUACUGUUUGCAGGUGUGGGUGUUUUGGGGGCUGGUUACUCAGUUAUAGUUUCUGCUGUGGCCAUCAACCACGGACCUCAGUGUGUGGUUUUCAGUAACAGCACAGUGACGCUGUGGGGCUAUCCCUUCUCUAAUGGAGACUACCUCACGAACACAGCUGCCUGGUCGCUGUGUAAAGAGCCGGCUGACGUGGUGUCCUGGCACCUGUCUCUGUUCUCCGUGCUGAUGGUUAUGGGUUUAAUCCAGAUGGCGCUGUGUGCUGUGCAGGUGGUGAACGGCCUACUGGGAGCUCUGUGUGGGGGCUGCUGUGGAGGGAGCAACAGAGCCGUCUGAGCGCUUCCUGCAGCUUCGAGGGUCUGGAGACGGAUGUUUUUCCUGUAUUUACUGUGUUUUUAGAGGAAGGCAGUAGUUUCUCGCUUUAUCUAAUUUAUGCUGUAGCAAUUUGAGACCACUGAUUGCAGUGCCUGAAUUUUCUAACAACACUGGCGAAGUGACAGAGCUCUAAUUUGAAGGGUCUUCCAUUUACUCUAUAGGGAACACCAAUGACUCCAUCUUCUCAUUCUUAAAUCUGAUUAUGUAUCUGCUGGGAUUUCCAGCACUAACCACCAUUAAUGAUUUUCCUCCUGCUAUAUAUAUAUUUGUAUCUGUUCUGGUGAUAUUGCAUUAAACGGUACAUCGAGAUGUUAUUUUUAUACACAUGCGAAAAGUAAAUGAGACAGGAUAGGACCGUGCUAUUGCUUCAAAGGUUCACAUAUUGAAUUUCCCUCUUCCAUCUCAUGCGUGCCCCCUGCUGGACAUUUUUUGGUGUGAGCGUGUGUGUGUGUGUGUGUGUG